UGAAAAGUAUUAAUGAAGCAUAUCAACUUUUUCUGAAUCUUGGACACCCUUACAUAACUACAAAUACAUUUUGAAACACAUACUUAUCUGUGUAGUACCUGCCGUGUGGUAAAUAAUGGAACUCUUUAACAUAAAUAUCUUUUUUCUUUUAGAUAUCUGGUACCACCGUUUGCCAACAGGACGACCUGUGACGGAGCCGUGCAGCCCGUGUGUGUGGACCUAAAUAUAAAUCUGCUUCGCUUCUGCUGUGCUGGACAGCAGCAGUGCGUCGCAGCACCGUUUCUUCCAAGCUCUGCGCUCUGAUUGGCUGCGGCUGCAGUGAUGCUCUCUGCAUCCUGCUCCCACAGCCAGGACGAGGAGAGGAGGGGAAGUAGCAGCAAGUGCGGCCGGGAUAUCAUCAUCAUCAUCCUCCUCACCAUAACACUGGCCACAAAUGUUCUCUUUCAUCGUUUCUUUCUCGUGCACGAGCCGCUCAGCCUCAGCAUGGCCACAGACGCAGGAGUAGCCGCUGCGGCCAACUCCUAACUGCUCCUCCGAAUCACAGAUACGACCUCAGACCGCGGGAGGAGGGAGACAGAGGGACGGACGGAUCACACACCCCGUCAGUCUUUUACCUGUAUUCCGGUAAAGAGCCCGAGCCGGGGAGCCCAGAGCCCACCAGUAUGCCUGUCAACGACCCCCAGAGCAUCCUGAGCUACCAGAGGCCGGAUGAAGAGGCAGUGGUUGACCAGGGAGGAACCAGCUCGGUCAUGAACAUCCACUAUGAGAAGGAGGAACUAGAAGGCCACAGGACUCUGUUCGUCGGGGUCCGGAUGCCGAGGCAGAGCCAUCGCCACCACAGGCCUCACGGUUCCCGUCACCGCAAGAAGGAGAGGAGAACAGGAAGCAGCUCAGCUCAGCACAGCGAGGGCCCUGAGACGACGCCCCUCACUCAUGACACGCCCUCCCAGAGGGUCCAGUUCAUUCUGGGCUCAGAGGAAGAUGCUGAACAUGUGGCCCACGAGCUCUUCACUGAGCUGGACGAGAUCUGUGUGAAGGACGGGAAGGAUGCUGAGUGGAAGGAAACAGCCAGGUGGCUGAAGUUUGAAGAAGAUGUGGAGGACGGCGGUGAGAGAUGGAGCAAACCCUACGUUGCCACUCUGUCGCUCCACAGCCUGUUUGAGCUGCGCAGCUGCAUCAUCAACGGCAGCGUGCUGCUGGACAUGCACGCUGACAGCAUUGAGGAGAUCGCAGACAUGGUGCUAGACCACCAGGAGGCGUCUCAUGAGCUGGAUGACAGUGUGAGAGUAAAGGUGCGUGAGGCUCUGCUGAAGAGACACCACCACCAGAACGAAAAGAAGAAGAACCUCAUCCCAAUGGUCCGCUCCAUCACCGAGGGAACUCGCAAACAGUCCGAGCCUCAUCUGACUGCCACGUCUCCACAGCCUCCUCUGUCCACAGAACCGUCCAAGAACGGUGGACAGGACAGCACUCAGGUCGACCUGAGCAAGGUGGACCUUCAUUUCAUGAAGAAAAUUCCAGAAGGUGCCGAGGCCUCCAACGUGUUGGUGGGAGAGCUGGACUUCCUGGAGCGACCUAUCGUGGCAUUUGUCCGCCUUUCUCCUGCUGUUCUGCUCACUGGCCUCACGGAGGUGCCAAUUCCUACCAGGUUCCUCUUCAUUCUGUUGGGCCCGGAUGGAAAAGCCCAGCAGUAUCAUGAAAUUGGCCGAUCAAUGGCGACCAUUAUGACAGAUGAGAUCUUUCAUGAUGUGGCGUAUAAGGCCAAGGACAGAAGCGACCUCCUGGCAGGGAUAGAUGAAUUCCUUGACCAAGUGACCGUCCUGCCACCAGGGGAGUGGGAUCCCUCCAUCCGCAUCGAACCGCCCAAGAACGUCCCCUCUCAGGAGAAAAGAAAACAGCCGGGAGUCCCCAACGGAACAGCCUGUCAAGUAGAGGAGGAGCUCCACGCUGAGCACCACGGGCCAGAACUGCAGAGAACUGGCAGGUUGUUUGGUGGUCUUGUACUGGACAUCAAAAGGAAAGUCCCGUUCUACCUGGGCGACUUCAGGGACGGCCUGAACCUCCAGUGUGUGGCGUCUUUUCUCUUCCUCUACUGCGCUUGCAUGUCUCCUGUCAUCACGUUUGGAGGACUGUUAGGAGAGGCCACAGAGGGACGGAUUAGUGCCAUAGAGUCCUUAUUCGGAGCGUCUAUGACCGGAGUGGCCUACUCUCUUUUUUCCGGUCAACCUCUGACCAUUCUCGGCAGCACCGGUCCUGUACUGGUUUUUGAGAAAAUCCUCUUCAAGUUCUGCAAGGACUACCACCUGUCCUACCUGUCACUGAGGGCCUGCAUCGGCCUGUGGACGGCCCUGCUGUGUUUGGUGUUGGUUGCCACAGAUGCUAGCUCUCUGGUGUGCUACAUCACUCGAUUCACAGAGGAAGCCUUCGCCGCCCUCAUCUGCCUCAUCUUCAUCUACGAGGCCUUGGAGAAACUGUUCCACCUGGGAGAACUCUACCCGUUCAACACACACAGUGACCUGGACAAACUCACCCUGGCUUACUGUCGAUGUGCAGAACCUGAUAAUCCCAGUAACAAAACCCUGGAGCUGUGGACUGACAGAAACAUCACGUCGUCCUCUGUGUCCUGGUCUAACCUCACUGUCAAGGAGUGCGUUAGCCUCCAGGGCCACUUCGUCGGGACAGCGUGUGGUCACCACGGCCCCUUCACCCCCGAUGUUCUUUUCUGGUCCACCAUCCUGUUCUUCUCCACCUUCUUCAUGUCUUCCUUCCUCAAACAAUUUAAGACCAGUCGUUAUUUUCCCACCAAGGUGCGGUCCAUGAUCAGUGACUUCGCCGUCUUCCUCACCAUUGUCAUCAUGGUGUUACUCGACUACGUUGUCGGAGUACCUUCCCAGAAGCUCAAAGUUCCCAGCAAGUUCCAGCCCACCAGAGAUGACCGAGGUUGGCUGAUCAAUCCGAUUGGACGUAACCCAUGGUGGACCAUUAUUGCCGCCUUCAUUCCCGCUCUUCUCUGCACCAUCCUCAUCUUCAUGGACCAGCAGAUAACUGCCGUCAUUAUUAACCGCAAAGAGCACAAACUACUGAAAGGCUGCGGUUACCACCUGGACCUGCUCAUGGUGGGGGUGAUGCUCGCCGUUUGCUCCAUCAUGGGUCUGCCGUGGUUCGUAGCAGCCACCGUCUUGUCCAUCUCCCACGUGAACAGCCUGAAGCUGGAGUCCGAGAGCUCGGCUCCCGGAGAACAAAGCCGACCUCGCUUUUUGGGAAUCCGAGAACAGAGGCUGCCGGCCCUGGUCAGCUUCCGGCUGAUGGGCUGUUCUGUCUUCAUGACUGGAGCGCUGCAGUUCAUUCCUAUGCCGGUGCUGUACGGUGUUUUCCUCUACAUGGGGGCGUCGUCAUUAAAAGGCAUCCAGUUCUUCGACCGUCUGAAGCUCUUCGGUAUGCCAGCGAAGCACCAACCAGACUUCACCUACCUGCGACAUGUUCCUCUCAGAAAGGUCCAUCUGUUCACUCUGACCCAGCUCACCUGCCUGGUGCUGCUGUGGGUCAUCAAAACUUCACCUGCGGCCAUCGUCUUUCCCAUGAUGGUGCUGGCUCUUGUUUUUGUCCGUAAACUUUUGGACCUUUGCUUCUCUAAACGAGAGCUGAAUUACCUGGAUGAUUUAAUGCCUGAGUGGAAGAAAAUAAAACUGGAUGACGCCUCGAAGAAGAUGGAAGAGGAAUCAGAGGUGAUGCUCAGUGAAAAGAAAGAAGAUAAAAGCAGUGUUGAAAUUCAGAUGGAGAGCAAAAAGACCGUUCAGACCACAAAAGCACACGACCUACGGUGUGACCCCUCUGACAUUAAUAUAUCUGAUGAAAUGUCUAAAACCACUGUGUGGAAAUCCCUCAACUCCAAUCAGAGAGACCCACGUCCUGUGGCUCCUAAGAAGAAUUGAAGACAUUGCCUUCAUAGAUGAGUGAAGAACGUCUAUAUUCCUGCCAGACUUCACUGCAUCGUUUGACUGAAACCGUGGACUCCAGGAUGCUGUGGUUUCAACAAUUCUCACUCACAGUGACCAGAACCAGCAACCUGCAAACAUCAACGUUUCUGUUCAGGUUCUCAGUCAUCUUAUUUUUUUUAAUCCUAAAAAGUUUUUAGAGGUAGAAAACUAAACCCUCUGAUCCAAGAGGCUGCUGGGAAAUCCUGGUAUUCAGCCUCUCAGUUGUUCAGACAAGGAGGUUAAAUACCAGGAGGGUCCAGACCAGUUGCCAACUUCUAAAAUUUUUAGUCGAAACUCACUCAAAAAUGAAGGUGCAAUAUACCUGCACGCACACUGAUAUAUGCACACACUGAGUUUUCAUCUUCAGGACCAGGAAAUAUUGACAACAAUUUAACUUUGAUUUAUACUCUGUUAACUAAUGUUAACUAAUGUUAACUAAUGUU